AGGCAAGUGAUCCAUCGCUAUAUAAUCUCACUUCUCACAAAUUAAAAUCCAAUUUUCAACCAUUGCCAAUAUCAGAUUUGUUUUCUCCAAGACUCCAAAUUUACAGGAAGAAAUGACGUCGCUCCGGCUGAGAACAACGGAACCGUCAACCAGUUUAAGUAGCUCAAGUAGCAGCGACAAGGAACCGGAGGGCCCGGAAACUCCCAAAUCUCCAACACCUCCGCCGUCUCUGACCCGGAGAGCCAUUUCCCAAACCCUGACCAGCACCGCAAACCUCGCCAAUCUCCUUCCCACGGGAACUCUCAUGGCUUUCCAGCUCCUCACCCCUACUUUCACCAACAACGGAUCCUGCGACUCCGUCACGCGAUCCAUGACUUUCCUCCUUCUCGCCCUCCUCGCUCUCUCCUGCUUCCUCGCCUCCUUCACGGACAGCGUAAAGUCAACGGUCGACGGACAGGUCUACUACGGAUUCGCCACCGCGAAUGGGCUUUGGCUGUUUGAUUAUCCGGAUGACCCGUCGGGUUCGGAUCUCCCGGACUUGAGGAAGUACCGAGUUCGGGUUAUUGACUGGGUGCACGGAGUUUUGUCGGUUAUUGUGUUUGGGGUAAUGGCGGUGAGAGAUAAGAAUGUGGUGAGUUGCUUUUACCCGACGACGGAGCAUGAAACGGAGGAGAUACUGAGUGUUGCUCCGAUUGGAGUUGGCCUGAUUUGCAGUCUAUUGUUUGUGGCUUUUCCGACGAGGAGACAUGGAAUUGGGUAUCCUAUUACUGGAACAGCUGGUAAAUAAUACCUAAUUUCUUCUCAAAACAAACCCUAGAAGGUCGAUGAAGAUGAAGUAAAGUUUGUAAUCGUAAACUGUUUGAUUUCAAAGGUCGAACAGCAAGAAGCCUGAAAUUUUUUUUUUGAAGGGCUGAAGUUCAUUUUGUUUCACAUUGUGAAAAAAUUAUAUUCCUUACGACUCUUUCCAAGUAGUGGAAACGUGCAUGGAAAUUUUAUUAUUAUGAACAAAUUUACAAGUCAAGUUCGUUGUAAAGA